GGCAGCGCAGGUUCCCGUCUGCGCUGGCUGCGGCCUUCACUGAGCGGGGGGGCGGCCCCGGCCCGGCCCCGCAGGACGAUGGACCCGGCCGAGGCCGUCCUGCAGGAAAAGGCGCUCAAGUUCAUGCCCCGAAUACACAUGCCAAAAGAUGGAUUUCAACUUAUAUCUUCUGGAUACCAAGCAUGGCUAAAGCAGUGCUCUAUGCCCAGAUCUCUGUGGCUGGGCUGCUCCAGCCUGGCGGACAGCAUGCCCUCGCUGCGAUGCCUGUAUAACCCAGGGACUGGCGCACUCCCAGCUUUCCAGAAUUCCUCUGAGAGAGAAGACUGUAAUAAUGAUGAGCCCCCUAGGAAGAUCAUUCCUGAGAAGAAUUCACUUAGACAGACCUACAACAGCUGUGCCAGACUGUGCUUAAACCAGGAAACAGUAUGUCUAGGAAGCACUGCUAUGAAGACUGAAAAUUGUGUGGCCAAAACAAAACUUGCCAAUGGCACUUCCAGUAUGAUUGUGCCCAAGCAAAGAAAACUGUCUGCGAGCUAUGAGAAGGAGAAGGAGCUCUGCGUCAAGUACUUUGAGCAAUGGUCCGAGUCUGACCAGGUGGAGUUUGUGGAGCACCUCAUCUCCCAGAUGUGUCACUACCAGCACGGACACAUAAACUCAUACCUCAAACCCAUGUUACAGCGGGACUUCAUCACUGCACUGCCAGCUCGGGGAUUGGAUCACAUUGCUGAGAACAUUCUGUCAUACCUGGAUGCCAAAUCUUUGUGUGCUGCUGAGCUGGUGUGCAAGGAGUGGUACCGGGUGACGUCGGAUGGGAUGCUGUGGAAGAAGCUCAUUGAGAGAAUGGUCAGGACAGACUCCCUGUGGAGGGGUUUGUCAGAGAGGAGAGGAUGGGGGCAAUAUCUAUUUAAAAAUAAACCUCCUGAUGGAACUGCGCCACCCAACUCCUUCUACAGAGCACUUUACCCCAAAAUUAUACAGGACAUAGAGACGAUAGAGUCGAACUGGCGGUGUGGAAGGCACAGUUUACAGAGGAUCCACUGCCGAAGUGAGACAAGCAAAGGGGUUUAUUGUUUACAGUACGAUGAUCAGAAGAUCGUAAGCGGCCUACGAGACAAUACUAUUAAGAUCUGGGAUAAGAAUACAUUGGAAUGCAAGCGAAUUCUCACCGGCCACACGGGUUCUGUCCUGUGCCUCCAGUAUGAUGAACGGGUGAUCAUUACUGGAUCUUCAGACUCAACAGUCAGAGUGUGGGACGUGAACGCGGGCGAGAUGCUGAACACGCUGAUCCACCACUGCGAGGCCGUGCUGCACCUGCGCUUCAACAACGGCAUGAUGGUGACGUGCUCCAAGGACCGCUCCAUCGCCGUGUGGGACAUGGCCUCCCCGACGGACAUCACCCUCAGGAGGGUGCUCGUGGGGCACCGAGCCGCCGUCAACGUGGUGGACUUUGAUGACAAGUACAUUGUAUCGGCAUCAGGUGACAGAACUAUAAAGGUAUGGAACACUAGUACCUGCGAAUUUGUGCGCACCUUAAAUGGCCACAAACGAGGCAUUGCAUGUCUGCAGUACAGAGACAGGCUAGUAGUGAGCGGCUCUUCAGAUAAUACCAUCAGGCUGUGGGAUAUAGAGUGUGGGGCAUGUUUACGAGUACUGGAAGGCCAUGAAGAGUUGGUGAGAUGCAUACGCUUUGAUAACAAGAGGAUAGUCAGUGGAGCAUAUGAUGGGAAAAUUAAAGUGUGGGAUCUUGUGGCUGCUUUGGAUCCCCGUGCUCCAGCAGGGACCCUCUGCUUGCGAACCCUUGUGGAGCAUUCUGGAAGAGUCUUUCGACUUCAGUUUGAUGAGUUCCAGAUCGUCAGCAGCUCACAUGAUGACACCAUCCUCAUCUGGGAUUUUCUGAAUGACCCAGCUGCCCAGGCAGAAUCCACUCGUUCCCCGUCCAGAACAUACACCUACAUCUCCAGAUAAAUAACACUACACUGUACCUCACACUCGCACAGGACUCAUUUAAGCUGCAGUAUUUAAAUGCCAGGACAAAAGAACUAUCCACGUAACCAAUACUUGCUGAAGAGAGAGGCUCUCAGACUUGUUUCUGGAACAAAGUUGGCAUGCGGUUGAUCUCAGACAGGGUCUACUCAGCGUGGCUGACUGCUGAAGUGCUGCUAUAUCAGAAGAUGACUUUUAUCUUUCAUGAACAGUUAGCAUUUUUAAACCUUCCCAUCCCUUUCUUCCCUCAUUCCCCUCUUCAUGGUCACUCUUCCCUUUACCCUAUUUGAUUCCCCUCCAAUCCCAGUCACCGAUGUCCUAUGAAUAUAUUUAAGAUGUUGCCAGAACGUGUUGCUUUGCUGUUAAGCAGAAGACUUACAGCCACAGUGCAUCCUGCUGAGAGUCACUUCAG